GUGUGGUCGGGCCAUAUGACGUCGUCCAUGCGGCAGUGGUGGCGCCGCGCCGCCGCGGCGCUCAAGGACAGGAGGAGCCUGCUCCUGGCGCGCCUCCGCCCGCGCCGGGCCGGACACCACCGGGAGCUGGAGGCGGCCGUGAUCCGCGCCACGAGCCACGAGGACCGGUGGAUGGACUACCGGAGCGCCGCGCGGGUGUUCGCGUGGGCGCGCUCGUCGCCCUCGUGCCUCCGGCCCGCCAUGUGCGCGCUGGCGCGCCGCGCGCGGCGGACGCGGUGCUGGGUCGUGGCGCUCAAGUCGCUCAUGGUCGCGCACGGCAUCCUCCUCCGCUCGGGCCUCGCGCCAAGCGCGGCCCGCGCCGGGCUCGUCGUCCCCUUCGAGCUCGCUGAUUUCCGAGACCGGUCCUCGUUCUCCUCGUCGUCGGCGGCGAGGUCCCUGGCCUUCUCCGCCUUUGUGCGCGCGUACUUCCGGUUUCUGGACUACCGCUCCCACCUCGCCGCGCAGGUGGACACCGACGGCGACGACGCCGCCAAUAAGUGCUCGGAUGAUCCCCAAACGGCCUUUCUUGAUCGGAUAGCCAAGAAACAGUUCCUGCUCGACCUGCUCCUGCAAAUCCGCCCGUACGGCGACGGCAUGGAGGUGCCGCUCGUCCUCGAGGCCAUGGACUGCGCACUCAUCGAGAUCUUCCAGGUGUACGGCGAGAUAUGUACCGGCAUAGCGCGGUUCCUCGUCAGCGGCGUUCAAUGCAGACCGGCGAAGCCGACGAUGGACAAGGCGGCCACGGCGGAAGGGGUGAAGGUGCUCUGGCGGGCGGUGGAGCAGGGCGCUCAGCUCUCGUCCUACUUCGACCUGUGCCGCGGGCUCGGCGUGGCCAACGCCCGCAAGCUCCCGGCGGCGUUCGUUCGCUUGAAAGACGACGACGUUCGGGACCUCGAGCGGAUCCUCAUGACUGACAUCCAGGACGAUAACAGUGACGAGGCGGAGCCGGAACCGGAGGCAGAGGGGAUGGCGGCGCCGGCUGACGUGAAGGACGCGGGGCCAACGUCGACGACCACUACGGUGGUGACGACGACAACGGAAUGGGUGGCAUUCGACGAGGAGAAUUCAAGCGCUGGCGUUGUCGCCUACGACGACGGCGGGGGUCACGUCUCUAAUCACUGGAACCCCUUCGUCGCUGCGCCGUCAGACGGUCGGGAAGUCGGAAAUCUGAUCGAGCUUUUCUAGUUUUCUAACCGGACCGCAAUCUUGGGCUUAAGUCGUUAAGCCUUUUGCUGUUGUUGUGCGCCCGCCCGAUUAAAAAGGUUAGAAAAAAUUUGUUACUAAUUUGUCACCGCACCAAAUUGUACAUUUGUACUCUUUGUAAAUAGCAACGUGACUCAUUUGAUCGAGCUUUGUUA